AUGCGCAGCUCUCACCGCAAAUCUCGAAACGGGUGUAGAGAAUGCAAGCAACGCCACAAAAAAUGCGACGAGAGCUGGCCAACUUGCCUCAACUGCUCCAUCACCAGUCGACCCUGUUCGUACCGCCUCACGCGCCCAUCCCAUCGCUCCUAUGGCUUAAAGAUACCGACUCCGCCGGCUACACCAUCACCAUCAGCAAUCUCGCCGUCGCCUUCUACGCUCUCCUCUCUCACACAAUGCCAUACCCAGGAGUGGCAGGCUCAAGCGUACAGCUUAGCGCACCUUAAGCUGCUUCACCACUUUGAGUCCCGCGGGUUCGAAGAAGCAAGCAUGAUUCAGCUACCAGCGUCGAUGCGUCAGGUGAUUAUGCAAUGCGCUCUCACCAGCCCUUACCUCAUGGAUCAGAUUCUUGCUCUCUCAGCGGCACAUCUGAGCACUCUUCACCGGGGACAACAGCAAAUCUUCUUUCGCAACCAGGCAAUGGAGCUUCAGACGCGGGCAUUGACAUUGUUCAACCGUUCCGAACUGGGUAUCUCGGAGCAGAAUUCAUGCUCCUGGUUUCUGUAUGCUUCGUUUCUGGGCUUGCAUGUCAUGUUCGAAACAUUCCAGUGCAGCAAUUUCGACGUCUUCCUGGAGCAACUCGCCACCUACUUUCCGGUCCACCGAGGCGUCUCCGUUGUAAUCAAGCAAUCAUGGCCAGCCAUAAAGGGCAUAGUGGAGGAAGUUGUUGGACAGCGUGAUAUCUCAGGCAGAGGGUUUGCCAAAGGCCACUCGCACGAGUUUGACGGUAUCCUGUCUCUCAUCGAUGACUCUGACCUUGAAGAGGCGGAUAAGGAGGCAUGCGUUGAAGCCGCCGAUAUUCUCCAUUGGGUUUUCAAACUACAUCACACCCAUCAAGGGACUCAAUUUCAGAUACACUUCACCAUCGCGUGGUCCAUUCUGGUGCCAGCCAGAUUUGGGGAAAUGCUCAGGAAACGCGUCCCGGAAGCACUCAUCAUAUUGUCCUUCCACGCGGUGCUUUUGCAUCGUUUGCGCAAGUUCUGGAUCUUUGGUGAAUCCGGGCGCUUUUUGAUCCAGUCCAUCUCAACACAUUUGGGCACACGAUGGGCACGAUGGAUGAUAUGGCCCAACGAACAGCUGAAUGCCACCAUUUGA